AUGACGGCCGGCACGACGAUCACCUUCACCGACCUCGGCCUGAACGCGGCCGGCGCCUUCAAGGCCGGUGCGAACAACGAGAACACCUGGACCUGGACUGCCACGUCCGACGUGGCGGCCGGCACCCAGAUCGUGGUCUACGGCGGCAGCUACAACGUCGCUGCGGGCACCACCAGCGGCGGCACGUCGGGGCAGGGUGCCAAGAACGUCACCACCGGGUCCCUCAGCUUCGCGCCGACAUUGGCUGGCGGCACCUACAACCUCGACUUCUCCAGCAGCGGCGAGGUCAUCUACGCCAUGCAAGGCACCAGCUUCGUCGCCGCGUUGAACAACUUCACGGCACCGCCCUCGAGUGGUUCCGACAACCCGUUGCAGUCAGGCCUGAGCUUCAUCCAGAACAUCAACUACACCGCUGCCAAUGGCGGCACCGGUGAUGGCGUCAUCCAGCGCACCGAGUGGUACAGCGGCCCGACGGCCGGGCUGACCGCCGCCGAGUACAAGCUGGCGAUUGCCAACAUGGCGAACUGGGAGAAGGACCCGGGCAGCACGGCGGCCUACCGCAGCCUCGUUCUGCUGGAAGGCGCCGUGCAGUCUCAACUGAUGGCGGGUGGUGCGGCCGGUAUCGGCGCCGGCAACUUCAACAUCGUCGCCGCACCGGUCCCUGAGCCCGGCACCUACGCGCUGCUGCUGGCCGGCAUGGCCGUCGUCGGUGGCGUGGCCCGUCGCCGUUCGGCACGCCAGUCACCUGACGAGGGACGAACACCGCCCGAGCCUCGGGCGGUGUUCAGCGGUAGCGCGACAGGAUGCGUUCCACGCUGCCGUCGCGCACGAUGUCCCGCGCCGCCUGGUCCAGCUGCUCCAGCGGCAGCUUGUGCGCCAGUGUGA